AUGGGAAACCAACUUUGCAAAGGAAGAAAAUCAAGAUCCAAGAGAAGGCCCACGGGUUUCAUUCAUAACCAAGCUUCACCCUCUCACACAGGGAUAAGAACUGUGGGCGUUGAGAAAGUUUGUCAUUUCUCCGCUGAUUCUGAUCUUUGCAUCUCCAUAGUUACUUGGAAUAUGAAUGGCCAGGUUAAGUUUGAAGAUUUAGCAGAAAUGGUUGGUAGUAAUCGUGAGUAUGAUCUUCUGGCUGUUGGCUUGCAAGAGGCUCCUCCAUGUCCACGGAACAAAGUCGCAACCAUGCUUUCAGCAGCUCUGGAUGAAACUCAUACCCUGAUAGGUAAAGUUAUCAUGCAAUCUUUGCAGUUGUACCUGUUUGGGCCAAAGGAUGCAAGAUCAUUCAUCAAUGAAUUGAAGGUAGACAAAAAAUCUUUUGGAGGGUAUGGAGGAAUAAUUGGAAGAAAGAAAGGGGCUGUAGCAAUUCGCAUUAACUACAAAGGAAUUAGAAUGGUGUUCAUCUCCUGCCACCUCUCGGCUCAUGCACGCAAUGUGGAAGCAAGAAAUUCACAAUGCAGGCACAUAUCACACACGCUAUUUUCCAAGUUCUGGAAUCCAUAUGCGAGACCAUCCCACAUUGCUAUUUGGUUAGGAGAUCUAAACUACAGGCUUCAAGGGAUUGAUACAUACCCUGCCAGAACUUUGAUAGACCAAGACCUUCAUCGGAGGUUGCACAGCAAGGACCAACUUCUACAAGAAGCACGUCGAGGACAAAUUUUCAACGGUUUUUGUGAGGGAACAUUGACUUUCAAGCCAACCUAUAAGUAUAACAAAGGAAGUAGCAACUAUGAUACAAGUCACAAGGUACGAGUACCAGCAUGGACAGAUCGUAUAUUGUUCAAGAUAGAAGACGAAAAUACGAUGGAAGCAACCUUGCAUUCAUAUGAGUCCAUUGAUAAAAUCUACGGUUCUGACCAUAAGCCAGUAAAGGCACAUCUCUGCUUAAGACUUGGUCAAAUUUCAACAAAACCAAAUUGUAGUCAACAAAUCUAG